AUGCUACGCGACAGCGGCACUAUAAUAGAUUCUACAGAUGCGGUAGUCAAAAACUGGCAAAGGAUAGGGAGAGAGAUUGGGGUUGACCCAGAUGUCAUUCUCGCUACUUCACACGGUCGCAGAUCGAUCGAUGUGCUGGAGAUAUACCAGCCGGAGCUUGCAAACUGGGAAUAUAUCAGACGUGUGGAAGGUCAGAUACCGCUGGAGUUUGGUCAAGAUGCGGUUGAAAUUCCUGGGGCUCGCAGUCUCCUGGACGAACUUGAGGCUCAUUCCGUUCCAUGGUGUAUCGUAACCAGCGGCACACGACCAUUGGUGACGGGUUGGCUAGACAUCAUGAAGUUGGCUCACCCUAAGAAUAUAGUCACCGCCGAAGAUGUGGAGAACGGCAAACCGGACCCCGCGGGUUACGAGCAGGGCAAGAAGAAGCUGCAGCUUCAGCACCAGAGCCCUUCCUUCGUCGUCUUUGAAGAUGCGCCUGCAGGCAUACGAGCUGGAAAAGCAGCGGGCUGCAUUGUUGUUGCGCUGAACACCAGUCACAGCCUCGAUCAACUCCGAGAAGCUGGGCCGGAUGUUAUUGUUCGCGAUAUGCGCUCCGUCGAGUUCAAGACGUGGGAAAAGGCAAAGGGCGAAGUGCAGCUGUUGAUCAGCAACGCCUUAAUCUGA